AGAGAUUUCACUUUGAUCGAUAAUUUGUAUAUGUCCUAGUCUCUUCUUCCAAGUAUCAUCAUGAGGUUUUUGGUAGUUUCAGUAAUAACCCUUGGCAUCGCCAUUGCUCUUCCUCAAAGGCAGUAUGAUGAGCCUGUUCAACAAGAACCACGACAAAGGUCUAGUGAAAGUACAACCUUCAUUCCUAUAAUCAGAUUCGACAAGGAGCAAGGAGAAGACGGAAGCUACAAAGCAUCCUAUGAAACUGGAAACAAUAUUAUUGCUGAAGAAGAAGGGUAUGUAAAGAACUUGGGACCUGAUCCAGAUGCAGAAGGAGAAACACUAAAUGCCCAAGUGCAACAGGGUUCUUAUACUUACACAUCUCCCGAUGGCCAAAUUAUCACAGUAAACUACAUUGCUGAUGAGACUGGUUUCCAUGCCACCGGAGAUCACCUACCAACACCACCUCCUGUAAGUCCAGAAGUACAAAAGGGACUUGACCUUAUCUUCGCUGGUAUUAGGGCGCAACAGGAAGCAGAUGAACGGGAAGCUAAAGAGAAUCCCCAGGGCAGGAAAGAAAUACCUCAGGAUUACAAUGGACAGUAUCGACAGUAAGAUUAUAUAGUAUAGUGUAAAACUGUGAUUUACUGCUUUGUGUGUUACCAUAGACUGAUAUCAUCAUCCAUAAUCCGUCAUCUCUUGUGUGAAAGCAAUGUUUUAGUUUUGUGACCUUUACUUAUAUGAUAAAAUAAAACGACUUAAGAUUUGAA